UUUUUUCCUCUUUAUUGCAAAUAUGGCCCAACCUACUGAUAACAUCAAGGUUCUUGAUGCUGAACCUCAGGCACCUGCUGGCGCUGGCUCCGGCUCAGACAACCAAGGAAUUAACCCCAAUGUUUUGUUAAACAAUACCUUGGAUGGUUUUGCCAAUUUAAGUUCCAAGUUUAACCCUUUUGCCCAAAGACUUGGCAAAGGAAUUGGUCAAGUGAGACAGUAUGCUCAAGAGCGUCUUGGUACUGCCGAAGAUAUAACAGAAUUGCCAGACGAGUAUAAGGAACUGGAAAAGCGUGUAGACGCACUUCGUUCAGUCUAUGUGAACUUGCUCAAGGUAUCACGUACAUUCAACAACCCUUCGUACGACUACCCAGUGCAACUGCAGGAAUCCUUGGCAGGUAUCGGCAACACAUUUACGACGCAGUUCCAAAACUUGGCCUUGUCACCUGCUGAACGAGCUCAAGCCGAACAGCAACACACUCAAGGUGUUGAGAAGCAGCAUCCCAAGACCUUGUCGCACGCUCUCUCUCGUGUCGCCGCCACUGGUGCGCAGACAGUCGGUGUCGAAGAUGCUCUUGGCACUGCCCUCUUCAAGGUUGCCACUGUGUCCGAAAAGGUUGGCGAUGCGCGUGUCAACAUGGACCAGGCUAUUGUCACAAAGUUCAACCAGCCCAUGCUGACGACUCUCAACACAGCCAUCGAACAGGCUUUAAAAGCACGACGUAAUGUUCAAUCCGUUCGCUUGGGUUUGGAUGCUUGCAAGGGUAGAUAUCGUGCUGCUCGUCCUGAGCGACAGGAUGCAGCUCGUUUGGAAGUGGAGCAGGCAGAGGACCAGUUCGUUGCUGCUGUGGAAGAAGCUACAAGCCUGAUGAAGGCUGCAUUGGAAAACCCCGAGCCUUUCCGUAAUUUGGCCGACCUUAUUGCUGCUCAGGCAGCCUUUUACAAAGAAGCACAUGAGCUCUUGACCGAGCUUGCUCCAGAGUUGGAUGAAAUUCAAGUCACCCAAGAAUCGCUGCAUCGCAACCGCCAGGAGUAAACUGUACCUUAUCUCUCUCUCUCUCUCUCUCUCUCUCUCUCUCUCUCUCUCUCUCUCUCUCUCUCUCUCUCUCU